CCGGGUCACCGGUCCAGCGCUGUGGUUUCCGUGGCCGAGGAGGUGGUCGCAGCAGGCGCCCUGCCCGGCUCUGCUGGCGCCGCGGCGGAAGCGCCUUCCCUCAGAUGUCGAAUGGGAGCGCGACCCGGCUCUCUGCUGGCCCGUUGCAAAGUUUGCAUCUCUCUGGCCCUUUUCGCCUCUUCUCCACACCCGUAUGCCGACCGGUGUUUACCUUCAACGGAUUAAAUGUUUCGUUUGACUCCCGUCGUCGGUCAGCACCCCAGGAGGGCAGAGGCAGGCGGAUCUCUGAGUUCCAGACAAGAGGGUCAAUCAGCCGCAUGAACCAGUGAAUCUAAGAAGACAGCCCCAAAGUGAAGUACCAAGCAGAGAUCCUGUAACCGGAAGUCAGCUGUAUCCGAUGCGCUGGUUGGUGAAGAUCAUCCCUCAGCGGCCUGCAGCAUCGGUUUCAUUACACUUAGAGUCCAGAGCUCGGUGUGACUAGGGGAAAGGGAGAACUGGAAACAGACAUCAAUGCAAGCCUGAAGAAAAAGUAAUUGCUUCAUUUUAAGCCAUGGCAUAUCAGUUAUACAGAAAUACAACUUUGGGAAACAGUCUUCAAGAGAGCCUUGAUGAGCUCAUACAGUCUCAACAGAUCACCCCCCAGCUUGCCCUUCAAGUUCUACUUCAGUUUGAUAAAGCUAUAAAUUCAGCAUUGGCUCAGAGAGUCAGGAACAGAGUCAAUUUCAGGGGCUCUCUAAAUACAUACAGAUUCUGCGAUAAUGUUUGGACUUUUGUAUUGAAUGAUGUUGAAUUCAGAGAGGUGACAGAACUUAUUAAAGUGGAUAAAGUGAAAAUUGUAGCCUGUGAUGGUAAAAAUACUGGCUCCAAUACUACGGAAUGAGUAAGAAAUGCGGCUUUUUUAUGCCACCUUCUGUUAUUUUCAUCGCUUUUUGAAGAGAAACAUAGAAGAGACUUUUUUUUAAUUUAUUCUCACGGUGCAGAAAUGACAACACUGUGCUAUACUACCCAAGGGUUCCACAGAGAGAAGCAUGUGGCUCUGUUCUCUUACAUGACCUUUAGUACACAGCAUAAAUGGAACUUUUUUAAAUGACAAAUCAAAAGUGGUUGCCUUCAAAAGAAUAUUCUUCAAUAAACUUGUUUUAAAACUU